GGCUAUUCGGAGUCACCAGACCUGGAGUUUGAAUAUGCAGACACGGAUAAAUGGACAGCAGAGCUCUCAGAGCUGUACAGCUACACAGAGGGGCCAGAGUUCCUGCUCAACCGAAAAUGCUUCGAGGAGGACUUCAGGAUCCACAUGCAGCUCCGAGGCCGAGGUCCAGGCCUGGAUGAGGUACAACAUCUUCCUCCUGCUGGAAGUGGGAACCUUCAACGCCUUGGUGGAGCUGCUCAACAUGGAGAUUGACAACAGCGCAGCCUGCUCCAGUGCCGUGAGGAAACCUGCCAUUUCCCUGGCUGACAGCACCGACCUCAGGGUGCUGCUGAACAUCAUGUACCUGAUUGUGGAGACCGUGCGCCAGGAGGCCGAGGGGGACAAGCCUGAGUGGAAGAGCAUGAGGCAAACCUUCCGAGCAGAGCUGGGAGCCCCCCUGUACAACAACGAGCCCUUCUCUGUCAUGCUCUUUGGGAUGGUGACCAAAUUCUGCAGUGGCCACGCUCCACACUUCCCCAUGAAGAAGGUGCUGCUUCUGCUCUGGAAGACUGUGCUGUGCACCCUGGGAGGGUUUGAGGAGCUGCAGAGCAUGAAGGCAGAGAAGAGGGAGAUGCUGGGGCUGCCCCCCCUGCCCGAGGACAGCAUCCAGGUGAUCCGCAACAUGCGCGCGGCCUCCCCGCCCGCCUCCGCCUCUGACCUCAUCGAGCAGCAGCAGAAACGCGGCCGCAGGGAGCACAAGGCCCUCAUUAAGCAGGAUAACCUCGAUGCCUUCAACGAGAGGGAUCCGUACAAAGCUGAUGAUUCCCGUGAGGAAGAAGAGGAAAAUGAUGAUGACAACAGCCUGGAGGGAGAGACCUUCCCCCUGGAAAGGGAUGAAGUGAUGCCCCCCCCUACCCAGCACCCCCCAAGUGACCGCAUCACCUGCCCCAAAGGGCUGCCCUGGGCUCCCAAGGUCCGGGAGAAGGACAUUGAGAUGUUCCUGGAAUCCAGCCGCAGCAAAUUCAUCGGCUACACGCUGGGCAGUGACACCAACACCGUGGUGGGCUUGCCCAGGCCCAUCCAUGAGAGCAUCCGCACCCUGAAGCUGGAAGCUGGAGACAACAACCAGUUCUGCUGGCGGAACCUCUUCUCCUGCAUAAACCUCCUGCGCAUCCUGAACAAGCUGACCAAGUGGAAGCACUCCCGCACCAUGAUGCUGGUGGUGUUCAAGUCGGCGCCGAUCCUGAAGCGGGCUCUGAAGGUGAAGCAGGCCAUGAUGCAGCUCUACGUGCUGAAGCUGCUCAAGGUGCAGACCAAGUACCUGGGCAGGCAGUGGAGGAAGAGCAACAUGAAAACCAUGUCAGCCAUCUACCAGAAAGUGAGGCACCGCCUCAACGACGACUGGGCCUACGGCAAUGACCUGGAUGCCCGUCCCUGGGAUUUCCAGGCAGAGGAGUGUGCCCUGCGUGCCAGCAUCGAGCGCUUCAACUCGCGGCGCUACGACCGCGCCCACGGCAACCCCGACUUCGUGCCCGUGGACAACUGCCUGCAGAGCGUGCUGGGCCAGAGGGUGGAGCUGCCCGAGGACUUCCAGCUCAACUACGACCUCUGGCUGGAGAGGGAGGUGUUCUCCCGGCCCAUCUCGUGGGAGGAGCUGCUGCAGUGAUGGACACAGGGUUGCUCGGAGAGCUGGAGGCUCACGGGGCAGGGCAGUGAGGUUUGGGAGGGGGUCUGUGCUGUUGUGGUGGGCUUGGGAAGAGGAUGGAGCUGAGACCACAUGCUGCCCCUCUGUGAGCUUCCUUCCAGGCUCAUCCCAAAGCUGAGGGUGCCCUGGGGGUUUCCUGUUUGGGUGGGUGGGAUCUCUGCCCACCCACCCCAUGUGAUGCUUUCAGGGGCACCCCCUUGUCGUGCCCCCCAGCCAGGAAGGGGGAGCAGGUGGGAGUGGGGGUCCUUGGGUGGCCCUGCCCAGCCCCUCUGGGGGGUUUGGGGGGCUUGAGGGGCUGGGGUGGCCUCCCCUCACCCCAGGAGGGGUGCAGGAGCUGUACAUAUAUUAUAUAUAUUUGGUGAUACCUCU